UCUCCUGUAACUACCAAUUUAAAUUAAGACCUAUUAACUCCAUAGCACAAGGACAGAUGAAGAGUUAAUUGGAAUAUGAGUUAGGAAAAACUUUUGGAAGGAGUUUUUUACGGUAGCUAAACUCGGAGUAUGAAAGAAACUGCUGCUCUGCUGGACUGAUGAUGCUGCAAGUUGAAGCCAGAUCCUUCCUUUCUUGGCGAUAGCAGAUAUGACGAAGACGGAUAUGCCGCCGGUGAAGGAUGCUAUUUUGGCUGUCAACAGAAUCACUUUAGCUAUUUGUGAAGAUGGAGCGGAUGGCAAGAUUGUGAGCUAGUUCAUUCCCCUGUCGAGGAAUCCAGUAAGACUAGAGUUUGCAUGGAUCUCAGUUGUAGUCCCUCCCCUGAGAGAUCCAUUACAGUCCCUGAUGACCGUUACUAUAGCUCCAGAAUUUGAUUUGUUAAGCAAAGUUGCAUCCGUAUUUAAUUUGAGCCAGUUGGAAGGAGGUGCUCUCCAUUUGACAGAUACAGGUCCAAGUGCUCAGAAGUGAGCUGUGGUACGUCUGAGAGACGGCGAAGAUCUUUAUUUUCUCUACUUUGUGUUUUGCUUAGAAUCUCUCCAUCUUUGUUUUGAAACGAUUAUAUUAUGUAUUGAACUCUUUUGGAACUUGCCUAUAGAGGCUCUUAUGUUUCCUUUGGGAGAGAUUAUGAUAUAUUGUUGUCAACUACUUUCAUACUGUACCCUAGCCGGCCUAAACUUCGCGGGUCGCGACUAGUGGCUAGUACUUAUGUUAUAUAUAUCUAUCUGUUAUCUAUCUCUUAAUCUUUUUUAUGCCUUAUCCGUAUAUCGCUUUCGGCUUCACGUUUUAUCUUUUUGUUGUCGAAACGUGAGUAAUAUGUCUUCGCGAUUUUAUUUCUACUCUUUUCAGGCUUCUUGAUUAAUACUCCUUUCGAAAUUACCUAUACUUAUAUAUUAAAAAUCCACCUGAGAGUCGUACCACCGUAAUAUCAUUGACUUAUGACUCGAGCAUAAGGAUUUGAAUACUAGGGUGUUACAUUAUGGUAUCAGAGCAGUUCGUCCUCGUGAGCCUGAGGGAUGGAACUGCUUAUGCUUCAAUGCAUACUCUGAGUCUGUGCCUGUGCUAGUUAGGGUAUCUAACCGAUACAUCUAGCAUGAAGUCCAUGAGUGUACCUUUGGUACUUUGAAGCACUAUACUUCCGAUAUUGAGACUGAUCAACUUGAUAUCGAUUGUUUGGUGUGUAUAGGAACCAGAUGGCGCCUCGUGGACCCAGUCAGGGACGUGAGAGAGAUCGUACUAGUAUGCAGGAACCGGAAGUCAACCCGAAUAACCCGGUAAACCUUAUGGCGGCGUUGGAGAAUAUGGCUGCUGCUAUGCAAGCCACUGCGGAGGCUCUUGGGCAACAGAUAAACAAUAAUGGCAAUGGCGGAAGGGAAGCUCAGGGCCCGAUGACACUGGCAACUUUCUUAAAGGUUAAUCCACCUAAGUUCAAGGGGACCACCAAUCCGACUGAAGCUGAUACUUGGUUUCAGGUCAUGGAGCGAGCGCUGCAAGCGCAGUUGGUGCCUGAAGAGCAGCGUGUUGAAUUUGCUACCUAUCUGCUCAUGGGGGAAGCAUCGCAUUGGUGGCAAGGGGCUCGACGUCUCCUGCAACAGGGGAACGAUCAUAUCACUUGGGAUGCCUUCCAGGUGGAAUUCUAUAAGAAGUACUUUCCGAAUUCCGCCAGAACAGCCAAGGAAUUGGAGUUACUGCAGCUGAAGCAAGGUGCUAUGUCCGUAUCUGAGUAUACAGACAAAUUUGAGGAGCUAUUCAGGUUUUCCCGCAUGUGUCAGGGAGCUCCGGGAGACUUCGAGGAAUGGAAGUGUAUUAAGUAUGAGGGAGGACUUCGAAGUGAAAUCCUGAGCUCCGUUGGACCGAUGGAGAUUAGGGUCUUCUCCGAACUUGUGAACAAGAGCUGUAUUGCUGAAGAAUGUGUGAGGAAGGCUGUUGAGGCGAAGAAUGACCGUCGGGAGUCCCACCGCAGGGAGCACAAUCAAGAAUACCCAACAAGGGGUCAAGAGUUUAAGAGAAGAGGAUACCCACAACGUUUUCCUCAAAGGCGAAAUGACUUUGCGACGAGUGAGGAGUCCCAAAGAAACGGUAAGGGAAAACGGGCAGCGGCUACUUCUGAUGUUUUGAGCUGUCGGAGGUGUGGAAGUCAUCACCCAAAUAGGCCGUGCCGAUUGGGGUUAGGUGUAUGUUACAAGUGCGGGUUACCAGGGCAUGUAUCAAGAAAUUGCCAACAAGGAGGGAGUCAGGAUACGGGCCGAUUGCGACGGUAAGAUUGAGGUAAUUAUUAUCAUCAAGCUUAAAGGACAGUGCAUGAUUUUAUAAUACCGCCUGUACAGUAGAAUUGGGACUGUCGAACUUAAUAUUAGACUGAGAAGUAAACCGGAUGGUCCGAGUAAGGAUUUACCUUAAUACAAAUGGAUAAAUGCCUAUGAUGUAAAUGAUUUUCUGUUGAGAAUGAUGUGUUGUGUUUGUUAUGUAGUUGGAUGAAUUCUAGAUUUUUGGUAAAACGGAUUGACCCGUGACUUUUAGUUCCUUUGAUUUAAAUAGAUAAGGAAUGGUCCUAAAUGAUGGAUUUGGAAACGUUGAUUUGAAAUGCCAGUCAUGCUAAGUUGUGGUUGGGUACUUGAGAAAAUAAGUGAUGGAGCUAAUACUUGACGAGAAAUCAAAGUGGCGUAGCGGAAGCUUGCUAAAGCGUUAGCAUAAUAUGGUAAUAGUAAGGAAAAGUGGGAUAUGAUUAGAAAUGCUUUAUGCUUAGAGUACUUAAAAGUUUAAUGAGCUAAAACAUAUAAUGAUUCUAGAUAAUUGGAAUUAAUUGCGGCUGUGAGCCUUGAUGGUUCUGAAACGGAUGAGAAAAUUAUCAUUGAUGCGUAAUCAGAUUUAGAUGAUGAUUGAGUGCAAGUUGUUGUGUUCGAGAGAUGAGUGCUAUGAUGUUUGGUCAUGGUGACCUUGGAUUUAGAUCAAGAUUUGUAAUGAUCGGUUUCAGAGGAAUCGUUUGGAAACCUUUAAAUUGCAAUGCUGAUGUGGUACUGAGAUUGGUUUGAGGGAACCUGUGACGGGUGGUAAACUCCAAUUUUUGGAGAGGCGCUGUUGAAAAUUUUCCCAAGAAUUUGAAAGAGUAUUUGGUUAUAUUUUUGAAGAUGAUUUUUGAUCUGAGUAACUUCAACAAAAGAGAAGUGUCUCGAAAGCUUUUAUAGAUUAGUAAAGCAAAGCGGAUUCAUAAGAGUUUGUCAGCUUGUUAGUACAAACUCAUUGGAUUCUAAAAACGAAGAAAGCUUUGAUUAAUUAUAGUGAUGUGUGAUGAUGGCUAUGAUUAACGAUGAUGAUAAUAUUAUUGAUGACAUGAUUUGAGAUUUAAUAGGGUGUGAGUUCAUGAGACGAUAAAAGUAAGGAACGAAUGACCGAGAUCCUCAGAGAUAGAGAAAUCAGAGCGCGGCAACGGAAGCGCGCAGAGUAAAAGGACCUUGGAACUGUUAUGCGUUGGAUAUAACGGCAGACUACGCUCGCGUACUCGUAAUGAUGGAUGGAAUUUUCGAGGGCGAAAAUUUC